GGGCAGAUAACCCAGAACACGCCUGGUGCCCAUACAUCACUUCCAAGUGCAGCUUUUACAUCACGCUGACUCCGAACGCUUUAUCCGGCACGUACCUUGCCUCACUUUCCAAAGACUCAAUUCCGAACGCGACCCUAUACCCAUAAACGCAAUCAUGGUGGAAACGCGUUCGUCUAAAGCAAAGAAAGAGUCUGCAGAGUCGGGUAAAAAGCCUCAGGACACGGACAAGGAGGCUCCUGUACCCAUGGAUGUGGAAAAGACCGAGGAGGAGAAGAAGGCGGAUAAUGUCGCGGCGGUUCUUGCUGACAUAAAACAGAACAUCAAUUUGCUGGAGCGCGCUGUAGCCACCCUCGAAGCGCGGUUUACUACCCGCGCUCUCCGCACAACAGCAUCGAUCCGCAAAAGGCUGACUCCAGAAAUCUUGACGCAAGCGAUCAAUAUUUACUUUCCCAAAGAUCACGCGGCAAAAGAUGCCCUCCUCAAACGCGUUGGCAAGGCGUCUGACGAGAUGGAUGUGGAUCAGGGGGAGCAAAAGAGCGAUGCAAAAGAUGGCAGAGGAUUUCUUCCUGAACAUGAAGUUUACCUCAGCUAUCUAGUCCUUCUUUAUCUUCACGAUCAGAAAGAUUACCAACAGGGCAUGCAACUAGUGAUAGAAUUGGUGGAUAAAGUCCAGGCUCUCAACCGUCGCACCUUGGAUCAAUUAGCCGGACGCUUAUAUUUCUACUUUGCUCGCUUUUAUGAGCUGGCUGACAAGCUUGCCGAAGCAAGGCCUGUGCUUCUUGCGGCACAGCGAACUGCGACUCUUCGCCAUGACGAUGAUACACAGGCUACAAUAUUGAACCUCCUGCUUCGCAACUACCUAAUGUUCAACCUCUAUGAUCAAGCGGAUAAGCUUGUAUCAAAGGCUACAUUUCCUGAAAAUGCAUCCAACAACCAGAUGGCGCGACAUAUGUAUUAUUUGGGACGUAUCAAAGCGAUCCAGCUGGACUACACAGCUUCCCACAGACAUCUGUUACAAGCCGUUCGGAAAGCGCCACAAAGUGUCGCCAGCGCCGGCUUUCAGCAGGCGGUGAAUAAGCUGGCUAUCAUUGUGCAGCUACUUAUGGGAGAAAUCCCCGACCGGGCAAUAUUCAGGCAGCCAAUGUUGAGGAAGUCCCUCGUACCAUAUUUGCAAAUUACCCAAGCUGUGCGAAUUGGAGAUUUGGCAAAGUUCCAAGAGACUCUAGCUCAGCACGGUGCCACCUUCAGGGCGGACAAAACUUUCACUUUGAUUCUUCGUCUCCGCCAUAACGUCAUCAAAACUGGUGUUCGCAUGAUUAGCUUGUCAUACUCUCGUAUCUCCUUGCGAGACAUAUGCCUCAAGCUGCAGUUGGACAGCGAGGAAGACGCUGAGUACAUUGUUGCAAAGGCUAUUCGAGAUGGUGUCAUAGAUGCCACGAUUGAUCACGAGAAGGGCUUCAUGAAGUCAAAGGAAAACGUUGAUAUCUAUUCCACCAAUGAACCCCAAAAUGCGUUCCACCAACGUAUUAGCUUCUGUCUGAACCUGCAUAACGAGAGCGUGAAGGCCCUCCGCUUCCCACUAGACAUUCACAGGAAGGAGCUCGCCAAUGCGACAGCCCUUCGUGAAGAAGAGCGGAAAUUAGCAAAGGAGAUUGUGGAUGGGGAGAUUGGGGAUGACGAGGAUAUGGGGGAAGACUGGUGAUUUGAAGAUGUAGCUUGUUAUCAGACUUUCUGUGUGUUGUGUGAGGAAUAUGACUAUGAUGCCCUCGGAGCUCAUUAGUUAGAUUUAAAGAGAUACCUGCUGUUUUGCUGGACACGAUACGAGGGUGCGUUACCCAGUAAUUAUUUUUGUGAGGAAUGCUCGAGGGCUUCUGCAAUUCUCGUAUAGAAGACGUCCAUUGUCUACUUUUGAC